GAGGGCAGGGGCAGGGUAGCCCAACUCUGCCUUCCACCCCAACCGCGGUCAGAACACCGCCCGCGCCGCGGUGGAGGCGGCCCACUCCCCCCACCCACACCUCCGCGCCGCGCCCCUUCACAUCGGGAGCGGUGCGCCCACUACCGUCUCUCACACGGUUAGCAUGCGCGCCGCACCCUAAGCCGCCCACCCCAGGGCGGUGCCCCGACUCACUACCAAACAAAAAAAAGCACCAUUCAUUAUUAUGCCCUCCUCCCUCUUCCCUUACCACCACCACUUCCUCCUCUCUCCCCCUUUUCCCUAACCACCUCCACCUCCUCCGCCACCCACUCCUCCGUGAUGGCCGCCACCUCCAGCUCCUCCCCCAAGAAGGACCCUCCCUCCCCCGCCGCCCUCGCGGCCGCCGCCUCCGCCGCCGCCGCGGCCACCGGAUCGCCUUCCGUUUCCCCGUCGCCAUCGCCCUCACCGGACAGAUCGCCCUCUCCGAUCCCCCUCCCGGCUUCCCUCCCGCCACCGCCGCACUCCGCGGUCGCCGCCGCCUCCGGCUCCCGUCGCCUCGCCGCUCCCAUAUGGACCCACGAGGAAACCCUUGCCCUCAUCGACGCCUACCGCGAUAAGUGGUACGCCCUCCGCCGCGGCAAUCUCCGCGCCUCCCACUGGCAGGAGGUCGCCGACGAUGUCGCCCGCCGCUGCCCCUCUGGCCCCUCGCCGCCCAAGUCCUCCGUCCAGUGCCGUCACAAGGUCGAGAAGCUCCGCAAGCGUUACCGCAGCGAACGCCACAAGUCGCUCCAGCUUGACCCCUCCCUCGCCCCUGCUUCCUCUUGGGUUUACUUCCGCAAGAUGGACGCCAUGGAGCAUGGUGGUGGAGCAGUCAGCGGCCCCCGUCGCCCCUCCGCCUCCCCUUCGCCCGCCCCGCCCCGCCCCCCUUCCGACGACGACGAGGAAGAGGAAGAAGAAGAAGACGACGACGACUACGACGGGCGCCGCGGCACGGGCGGUGGGAGCAAUACUCGCAGCAUGCACCGCCUAAUGGCUAAUGGCCGCGGAGCGAUCGGCGAGCUCAGAUUUACAAUCCCCAAGGCGGUUCGGUCCAAGGUUUCAAGGGCCGACGACAGGCCCGCGCCGAGCCCUAGUAUGAACCCUAACCCUACCACCCGCUUCUUCAGGGGUUACACCGGCUCACGGCCCGCGAUGGAGGAGAUGCGGCGCAAGAUGGAGAAGAAGAGGAGGAAGAGGAGGUUGGAGAUGGAGUCGAGUGCGGUCAGGGAGAUGGUGUCGGCGUUGAGGAUGCUGGGAGAUGGCUUUUUGAGGAUGGAGCAGAAGAAGAUGGAGAUGGCUAGGGAGAUGGAGAAGGUGAGGAUGGAGAUGGAACUGAAGCGCACCGAACUUAUCCUCGACUCACAGCGCCGGAUUGUAGAUGCCUUCUUGAAGGGCUUCUCUGGGAAGAAGCGGACUAAGGUCUCACCAGAGGACUGAUAAGGUCUUCCCCUUCUUUGCUUCUGACUUGUUUCUGUUUAGAUUAGAAUGUUUGAUGUAGAAGAUGCAGGAAGUCGAAUGGUAUUAGCUUAUUAAGUAGUGAUUUGCUCUUUAUUGCUUUUCUAGUUUUUCGGUAAUGGAACAAUAUGUGAAUUUUUCUGGCUUGAAUGUCCAAUAUUUUCUA